CGCGAGCUCAUUAGUGUAUAUACCAGCGUUUGUAGUGACCUGAGCUGCGGUGGUCUGUUUGUUUGUUUGUGUAUUUAUUUAUUUAUUUAUCCUGGUUCAAAAGAAAACUUUAUUUCCUCGGUGAAACAUGACCAGCACUCGGAGCAUGUGUGUGUUCUCGGAUAUCAGAGCGGGACACAGAGAGGAUGGUCGUCAGAGACUCCGACUGACCCUGCACGACCAAAUCCAGCACCAGCCCACCGUAGGAAAGCCGAUCGGCAGAGCAUUUGCUUUGGUGCAGCCCACUAGCGAGAGGCAGCCGCUAAAUAACGAGCCCAUCAAAGUCGAAGAGAAUAUCGAAGUCAUAAAGGUGUAUCUGCAAGCGCAGAAAAAGGAAGAGAACAGCAAUCAGCAGAACCUGAAGAUGCUCUCGGAUGAGGUUUCACAAAUACAAGAGGUGCGAUACUGUCUGAAGAGCCUAAGAGAGCAGAUGGCAGCCAAAAAGCACCACAGAACAGAGCACAAGGUGCAGUUAGCUCAAACAGGUAUGAACAGAGGGAAUUGUGCUCUGACAUCACUAUCAAAACAGGACAGUGAAGAAAAACAAGAGUUUGUGGAUGAGCAGGAGCGAGAGAGGAUGAGGGAAGUCAGCAAGAGACUGUACAGUCAGCUUCAGGAGGCAGAGAAAAGACACCAAGAGGAGAAGGAGAAAUUACAAGCUGAAGCAGGUCUGUACAAAAGGCAGCUGUCUGAGCAGAGCGAUCAGCUGAAGGAAGCUCAGAUCAGUGCACAGCAGCAGGACCAGCGCAUCAGAGACCUCCAGAGGUUAAUGGGAGGCAUGGAACAGGAGAGCUCGUCCCUCAGGGAUCAGUUAAUGACCAGAGAGGCAGAGCUAAUGCAGUUGAGAGAGCUGAAAGAGGAAGGGCAAGCUGACAAGGAAAGAUUGGAGGAGUUGGAGAAGGAGAAUGCCAUCGUUAAGGAGAAGAUACAUCACCUUGAUGAUAUGCUGAAGAGCCAGCAGAGGAAACUCAGACAGAUGAUCGAACAGUUGCAGAACUCACGAAUGGUGAUUCAGGAGAGGGAUCGCACCAUCAAAGAACUGGAAGAAAAAGUCGCCUUCCUUGAAGCAGAGAACCGAGAGCUGCGUGAUCAGUUGGAUUAUUUCCUGGAUGGUCAAAGCACAGACUCUGGGCUUUUGUCAAAUUCCAAUGCUCAGAUCGUCUACAGUCGACCUCUGAAGCCAUCCACACAAAGCAAGAAGAAUCUGCCAUUCAUUAAAGUCAUAGAGAUCAAGUCAUGAACAUCAGUAAAGACGAUAUCGUAAUCCGUAUCCAAAGCGACGGAGACUAUCUACACACUUAAGAAGCACAUCAGUCUGUAAUGCUACACAGUGUGUCGUGCUAAGAACCACAGCGGCAAUGGUGCCAUUUUUAACUAACUCACUGACUACAGAUGUUCACGACUGCAGCUCGACAUGAUAUGCAUUGUCAGAUUCUCAAAUAAUGAAUUUCAGUUAUAUAUUUAUGUAAAUAAUCUAGGUGUAGGUGUUUAUGUGUCUGUGAGCAAGUGUAUAUUGACUCGAACUCAGCUGAUGUAUGAGUUUAGAAGUGUUAAUUGUCUGUAGAGUAACUUUUAACCGGAAUGAAGAAUAGGACACCAAAGCACAACUGAGAAAACAGUGGGGAGUGUGUGGGAAGGUAUUCCUUUGAGGCUGGCCCUCUGAAUACAAUACGGUCCUUUUGUCAACAGACAAACAGGAGGAAAACAUCGUGGCCCUUUCACUUUCUUUCUCAUAUUUGACUCAAAUCACACGUUUUUCACACGUAAUCCGACAAGCAAGGCUAACAAACCUUUGUAUAAAUAUGGGGAGCAAGCAGGAAGCUUGGUGCUAACAUAUUUCAUUGUGUCCGCAAUCUUUUUAAUGGCGAGAAUGGGAUUUUAAAAAAUCAAAGACGAGAAAAUGAGCCGAGUGAGCAGCACUCGUAUUGAGUUUCAGCCUUUUUUUUUUUUUUUUUUUUUGAGAUUUUUACUGGGAACUAAAUCUAAAUCACUCAUGGUAUUGCAGUAGGUCAUUUAGAAGUCUACUAAAUUCUUAACCAACUUGGAGCUUGUCAGGAUCUCCAUUGUCGUAAAAUAUUAUAUUUUUAGAGAGACUAAAACACCUUGCAGAGGAUCUCUAGUGACUCAUGACUGCUGUCAUAACAGUUGAAUAUAUAUGAAGUAACAAUCCUGAUUACGUGGAUAAGUUAAGAAGAAUCAUGUAAUAUGUGUAUUAAGAACAAAUUAAUAGUUGAAAAUGCAUUUCACUGUUUUUUUUAUUUUAUUUUUUAUUUAUCGCCGGGUUUUGUACUUCUUGAGUCCUGCUUCUUGUAUAUAUUGUUUCUGUAACUGGCCUUCAGCUUUGCACUUACUGUACUUACACUCUGCUGUUUAUUUAAUAUAAAAACUAUUUUUGUAGUGAAACACAAGUUAUUUUAGAAUGGCUGUAUUAAAUACCAUAUGUAUUUAUGAAAGUUUUAAUAAAGUGUUCUAAAAGUA